AUUUUCCACGAUAUUGAUCAUUGUACUAUAUUUAGUCAUAAUUGACGAUGAUGUUAUUGGACGAUUACUACAUGCCUGACUGACUUUUAUUGUAAUGUUUGUAGUUUCGUAUUUUACCUCUCAGGAAAGAGAAACAUAUUUGUAAAUAGCGAGGUAAAAUAAAGAAAUUUGUAAGCCCGGAUUUGAAAUGGAUUAACACUGACCCACUUUCACUUGAUCAGUUGACAACGGAAUCUGGAAAUACUGUCGGGUACUACUGAGUGAUGAUAAUACAAUGGAUGUAGUAUGCAGCACACUGGCCAAUAAGAACUUCCAGUAUUGGUUAAAGGCAAAUCUAGCUAUCAACAUCACCAAAAGUGGCAUUGAAGAAUGUGUUGACAAAGAAAUAAGUAAUUAUCACGCUGCCAUCCUUGAUAGUGUACGUACACCAGAGCAAAUUCUUCAAGGAGAACUUUGCCAUGAUUGUACAACAGAAAAUGUACUAUGCUGCCCAACAAGGCAAAUUUGUAAAAGAAAUAGAGCAGGUACAUGCUCCUUCCAUAAUGCACCAACGGCAUUGUAUAGACAUUGUCCUAAAAACAUUUGUGUCAAAUUGAAAGAAAAAAUAAGACGAAGCCAUGAGUUCAACUCACCAUCUUGGAAAAAUACUCGUGCAGAAAGAUGGUGCACAUAUCACUGGGAAAUAGCGAAGUGUUACAUGCCUCCAGAUGGUUACUUUGCGGUUGACUCCGUGACGGAUACCGAUUUAAACGGAAUUCUAAGUGUUAUAAUGAACCACUCCGCACUUGUAUCUAUAUUCGUCAACUAGAAACGGCUAAGGCAAGGGAAGUAACCAAAGAGUUGCGUCACUCUCCCGAUAUGCUGCUCAGCGAGCAUAAAUUGAUGGAUUUUCUCAACAAAUUAAUCCGAUUUUUGAGCUAUUCAUACGACAAAAAGGCGAUAGAUGCUGUGCAGCAAAUCAAUCAGAUGAGAAGUGAAACGCUUUCAAUUUCUACCAGUGAUGUAACGAAAGUAUUACAAGAUGUAAUCAAAGAAAAAACAACACUUUCAGUAGACACUAUUGACAAGGCAGGCAUCGCUGUUUUGAAUAAGAUAAAAGAAUCCCUUGACAAAGCUCAAACUACAAUAAGUAAUGACUUGGACAGAAUUCUCACUGCUAAAACGUCUGCUCUUAACGCCAUAGACACAGCUAGAAAACUCUCGUUAGAGACGAUUCAAAACGCAACAGAAGAAAAUUAUCAAAGUUUGAAGAGCAAAAUGCAACAUGACCUCAUAACCUUCAACAAGACAAUCCAUGGUAAAAUUUCACUACUACCGCUUUUGAAUAUGAAAGAUAUUCCGUUGUUAGAGCUUUACGUUCUGCCCGAAAUGAAAAUAGUGGAGAGUGUAGUAACUAAAAUUGGUCAGUCUAUAUCAAAGAAACAGAUAAAAAAAUUUAAUGACGUACUUCAAGAGUCAAAUAAAGAAAUUUACAUAGCUGCUGAUGCCGGGCUAGGAAAAACGGCGUUUUGUAAAAGCCUAGCAAUUAUUGUGUCUGGCCCAUCUACCAGACCAGCCUUGCAACCAAUCUAACAUAGAAACUCAAAAGACUGCUCUCAAGCCUUUUGAUUUUCUUUUCCUCAUUUCUCUAAGAGAGGCUCAUUCGUUUGAUUGCGAGGUUGAUGAUAUGAUUACUAACCAAGUGAUUUCACGACUUGCUCAUUCCCAUUUAUACACAACCGAUACUAUUCAAGACAUACUUUCUCGCGAGAAGUGUUUGAUAGUAUUAGAUGGAAUCGACGAAUGGUCGCACCCAGUAGACAAGCUCAAUUGCAAAUCAGAAACGCCUCACAGAAAAGCAAGAGAAAAUUGUACCAUCAUUACAACGACAAAACCAUGGAAACUUGACAUUUUAAAGUAUUCUAGGUAUGUUGUCGACACACAUGUAGAAAUCUCACAACUAGACGAUGAAUCCUCAGACCAGUUAGUUAGAAAUACGAUUUCCAAGUUUGGCAUUGACGGAAAUUCGAAAUUAGAAGAUGAGAUAAUGGAGUUCAAAAAACAAGUAGAUACAAUGCAUGUUUGCAAAGUCAAAACAAAUCCUUUGAUGCUUACAUAUCUAUUGUGCCUUUGGCAUAACAAGAAAGAUUUUGGACGUUCAAACUGUGAAAUCCUUACUAAUAUAGUUGGUCUUCUUUUGCUUCAUAUGGAAAAUCAUUGCACUUACCAGUCUAUUGAAAGGGAUGAAACAAAAAAGGUGAAAUUGGAAAUGCCACACUGCAUUUAUGCAAACACCAUGUGUCGAAAAUACUACAAAUUCUUGCUGAGCUUAGGACAGUUAGCAUUUCUGACAUAUUUUGAUGAAAACCAAGAAAGGUCGAAUUGCCUCGAUAUUAGAAAUACUUUGGAUUGUCUUAUCGCAGAGACAGUUGAUGCUUGUCUAGAAGUUGGAUUACUGACACAAAGUAAGCUUUCAGGCAAAAAAGAAGGAAAAGUUUCCUUUCCACACGUGUCCUUUCAAGAAUACUUUACUGCCUUAUAUAUACAAUCUAAACUUGACUUUCGUGAAGUGGUCCAGGAUAUUUUGAAAAUAUGUAUAUCAACAGAGAUGGUUCUUGCAAUGUCAGAUCUUGUCAUAUAUCUAAGUGGACUAGAUCCAGGGAAAGCAAGCAUUUUGUCAGAAGAGCUAUGUAAAGUAACAUCUCGUUCAGAAAUUAUCCAGUGGUACAGAGGCGAUGUCGGAUCAUGGAAUCAUUUUGUAAGUCACAACGAUACUGUAAAAGGAAUUCAAGAUUUCCAAAUUGAUUGUGUGAAAGAGAGCAUGAACAAUGAACAUAGCCCAAUGCGUCAAUAUAUUGAAGAUUUCAUCCUAGAUAAAGACAGUCUCAAAAAAGAAAACUCAUAUGCUGUUCAAUUCUUAAUGGAACAGAACGGAGAAAGUAUGAAAUCGCUCAAAAUUAGAGAUGUGAAAUCAAAAUCUGAAUUCCAUGAUUUGGUUAAGGAUCUAGCAUGUCGCCAACUAGUCAAACUUGACAUUAAAUGCGAAUUUGACGAAAAUGACAUCAUUCGUCUUUUACAGGUGUCCCAAAUGUCACUGAAAUGUUUUGUUAUAAAAGGUGGGCUGUGGGAAAACGGGGAAUGGAUUCAUAGGAGCAUUUCAUUGUCCAACAAUUCCUUUUAUAAUGUGUGGAAUAUAAAACAUAUUGAACAGCUACAUUUGAGAAACGUCAAAGUGACCCAUGAACAGCUUGGAAAUCUUGUUCGUUUUAUUUCCACAAGACCAAUUAUGACUCAGGUUGCACUACAAUCAAUUGAGUGUGUCGAACAUAAAAACCUAUGCAAAGGCGAACAUCUUGAUUUAUCAAAACAUUCAGACUUAGAAGUACUCGAAAUCGGUUGUGUUCAAUUAUCAGAUAUAAAAGUCAAUGUCUCCUCAUUAAAAGUAUGUUACGUUGGAAACAUUCCAAUUGCGGGAAAUUGUUUGGCAUCACUCUUUGAUUGCCUUCGAAGUGCAGAUGUGCUUGAAGUUUUCUCUUGCGGAUUGCUAGAUAAUGAAUCUGAUGUAGUAUCAUUACUUCAAACUAUUUCGCACCUUGUAAACGUCCAAUAUAUUUGGCUUGCGAAUAUGGACUUUGAAAAGAGCGCGCUAAAUCUGUCGUCAGGAAUGAAACGCCUCCAGAAAAUUGUUUUGAUUAAUGUCACCAUUAAGUCUGCAGGACUUAAAACUAUUUGCAUAGAAAGUAAGAAAUUAGAACAGUCAAUCAUCAUUGGAUUAAUCAAUUGCAAAAUCAUUCCACAACAAGAAUUCGAGAAAGUUAAAGAGAAAAUUCGCGCCUCGAAACAUUUUAAAGUUGCCAUCGACAAUAGCUCUGAAGAGCAUCAUGAAGAAUUUGUAUUUGAAACAAUAGAAAAGGGCAAUGAUGAUUUAUUUGAGGAUGAAAUCACAACAAACACACCACAUUUCUUUUAAAAUUAAUAACAUUGCUGCAAAAUACAUGCAUAUUGUUUAACUUGCAAGCAAUCCUUUAUUAUCAAACAAAUUAUAAAAAAAACUUUGAAAUGUCAGUAACGACAAUGGUUCGUCUAUAUAAAACGAUAUCAGAACUUCUGGUCUUUCUUUGUUUACUUUACUAGUAGUUAUAUUUUUCCAAGUGGCAUGAUUUAUUAACUUUUGCAUCAUUGUUACCAUUAAUGCUUAGUCAAACAUUGAUUUGAUAAUCCGUGCACUGCUUCAAAAAUAAUACAAAUUAGCUUAACUUGUAAUUAAGUUUAUUUUAUAUAUACAUAUGAUGACAAUUUUAAAGAAUUUUCAAAAGUUAACCUUUUUCCCUUUUUCAAGAUAAUGUUGUUCUGGCAUAUACAAUAUAUUACAUUCAUACUUUUAAGCCAUAGCUUAAAGAAAAGAUAGAUUCAAGAAAAUAUACACAUAAAGGAACAUAAUAAUCUUCAUGAAAAUGUGCAAAUUUCAAACAAAAUGUACAUAUUGAUGAUUUACACAUUUUAAUUUUCUCAAUUAUUUAUAUGUGAACCUAAUUUUUCCUGCGAUACGAGCCCUAUAAGGAAGUUAUAAAAAACAAUUUUUCUAUUCAGAACGAGCACAUUAAAAUAUUCUUAAGGCAUCUAAAGAUCCAUGUAGAGGAAGCUGGAUUAUAAUACACUUGAACGCUAGAAAACGCUACCUGUUUCUGUUUUGUUUUAACCAUUUGUGCUUUGACGAAAUACGAAUCAGUGGUUUAGGUCCAAAAGCAUCUUUAUCUACUUUUUAAACAAGAAUUUCUAACAGAGUUACCAACGUCCCCCGCCUAAGGGAAGUUUUACACGAAGCACAAAAUAAGCACAGGCAUAUACUUAUAAUAUUAAUACAAAAGCGAUUUAUAUUGUUAAUUCACACAUCUAAUCGUAUUUUUCUAAUUAAUGAGAGUAUAAACAGUUAAAUAACAAUAUUUAACAAUUGAAAAAUAUCUUCUUCUACUGAACACAGUCUAUCAUCUUUUUAAACCAAAUUGGGGAAAAUAUUACUUAUUAUUACCGUUUAUCAUUAUGAUAUUAGUUUAUUGAUACUUCGUUAAGUGUUUAAAACAAAUGUCUCAUAUUCAAUCCUUUGAUCAGAACUGAAUAAGUUGAUCCGAAGCAGACAUAAAAUAUGCCGGACAGCUCGCGAAAUGUUACCAUCGAUCCCUUUGUAGCGCUUUUUUGCAAUUGACGUCAUACAUGUCAUAACGUCCCGUCAAUUUUCCGCUUUCAUGCUCGCCCUUUCCUGUAAGUUAUCUUGUAUGAGCCGUUUUUGAAUUGCUUGCGCCAGCUAAAAACAAGUGUUCUGAUGGCAUAACAUAACACAUCCACUCAUUAUUAAGAAUAUUUGUGCCAAGAAUUAACAAAAAUCCUUCAUGGAUAAGGGAGUUAUGGACCGGACACGACAUAUACCCUCACAUAGACAAUGUUGGCCUUUAAUCACCUUUAAUCACCAAGUGUGACUUUGACCUUGAAGGUAGGGGUCUGGUUGUUGCGCAAGACACAUUGUCAUAUCACAACAAACAUUUGUGCCAAGAAAUUUUAAAUUCCUUUGAUAUAGUAAUGGACAGAAUACGAAAAUGUGUCAUGUUUCUUUUGUGACAGUGGGAGAAAGGAUUGGGCCGAAGGAGACGAUCCUUGGAUUGAACACUCAAGU